AAUGACGGCGGAGCCAAUCGUUCGCACACAGCGGUGGACAAGAAAGUGCGAAAAAGUAACAAAGCGAAACAAGCGCAGCAGCUGCCGAUGAUGGAACCUAACGAAUUUGGAAGGAACCUACGCGUGAUUGCUCAACAUUUGGACAGCAGGGCUCGCACGGCAAAGGCUUUCAACGACCGUAUUCCCGCCUCCUGCACACUGUCAUUUCCGGUACUGUUUCUAGAUCAUGCUCAAAAGUGCAGUAAUCUGGAAUGUUGCGUUGUGCUGCUAAGAAUUGCAAUGCACCCAUACAGUAAUCAUGCACUGACAGUUUGCAAGAUCCUCGGAAGACCAGACCAAGCCAGACGAGACCACGCGGUCAUGAGAAAGAUAGCCGAUAGCCGUCACCGCAUGCGACGACGAUCGGACUCAGUGAGUUAUUGCUGCGACGACAUACCGUCUGCCGUCACCCGACUGCCGUCACCCGUCACCCGUCACUGUCGACGGCUGUCGAGUCGAGUGCCGCGGUCCAACGACAAGGGUCGUGGCUCCAACCGUGGUGAAUAA